GACCCCUUGACCUGGUGACAGUCCUAGACCUUGGGACUGUAGCCUGUAACACGUGGCAAAAUGGUCUAAGAUCCUUGAGCUAAGGAACCACUCUUGACAUCCUGUUGUGGGUGGGGGCCGGGAGUGGCUGGUGUUUUGUUGCAGUUGAUCAAAACUUAUCGAGAGCUAGGGUGGCCGUCACAGAGGAGAAUCCGGUUGUCCUCUGCCCUCUAUUGAUACAAAACCCAACUCCUUUAUGUCCUCUAUUUUAGGACAUAAAGGCAUCAGGUUUCAUAUCAAUAGAGCACAGAGUAGCAGAAAACCAGAACAUCCUCUGUGAUGGCCACCCUCUCAAAAGCAUUGUUGGAAAGGCAUGUCAUGUCCACGUACCGGGGUGGCAUUAGGACUGCUGACCCUCCCUGGGAAGGAACUGCGAAGACCAGGGAGGCUAUGGGGAGACAAGGGGCUGAGAAGGCCAUUAGCAAGCAGGCGUGCCCCUUCUCUUCUCCCGCAUGGGACGGAGCAGUCUCUCUGUCUCAGGAAUGGGCUACAAUAGACCAGGCUGGCAGGGAAAGCUGAGGGAAGAUGCUGGUUCAGAACACAGAGGUCACAAAAGCAGCCAGAUCUUGUUUCUCCCUAUGUGACUUUAAUGACUAGGUGUCUGCAGGCCAUGUCACAGGAUCUGCCAUUUCAAAGGCAAAGCUUCCCAUUCCCCGACGAGUGAGAGUGGCAGGCACUUGCAUCCAGGACUUGCCCACUAUUGAUUGCUUGAGCGUUAUGCAGUAUUUGGAGAUGUGUUUGCAGAGCAGGUAGUCCUGCUCCCUUGGCAUAGUAGCUUAUUGAGCAAAGCCAUCUUUGAAAAGUUUAACAUGGAAGGGGUAGUGCAGGGCCUGCAGGAGUUGAGUAACCUCCUGCAAAUCCAAGUGGGCAUCUUCCUUCCUGCCUUCACAUUCCUCUUUCAAACUCGUGUCUUCAAGGACUGCAGCAAGUGCUCAUUGAGCCAGACUCUCCCUGCUGUCUUGUUACUCUGUUUUCCACGCUUUCUGUCUCCCCAUUUGUUUGGUCCCCUGUUGUGUUGCCCUGUAAGCUCAGUGGGCUGGAGAUGUCUUUUGCAUGAGGGUUCAUGUGGGGUCUGGCACAGUGGGGCUUCACUUAGUGCUGCUGUAGCACACAGCGUGCGGUCAAUCCUGGCUUCCUUUCUUCCCAUGAAAACAAUGCAAAGGAGCAGACUCUGCUAAUAUACGGAACAGGACAAAACCCCCCCCACAGAAACAGAGACCUGCCUUACCACAAACAUCUGGCGCAUCCCUAAAAAUAACCUCAGCAUUGCUUUAUUUGCAGUAGUGCAAACAGUAACAAAUAUAGCCAGCGCAGUAAUGCAGCUUGGAGACAGCAUGCCAGGUCAAAGAACCCAGAAAAACAAAUAGCGCAAACGGCAGCAAAUCCAGCAAAGAGUCACAACAAGGCACUUAGGGCAGUUCGGAAAAAGCAGGCAGUCUUUCAAGACAAAAUCCAUUGUCUCAGUUUGUUUGUGAGCAGCUCUUCUAUUUGAAAAAAAACAGCAGCCUGAGUCCUCAUGGAGAGUCUCUUCCAUAAAUCAGCCAAAUGUGUUCUGAGCAUUGUGUGGGUCAGUUGCUAAGAUGGGGACUCGGGUAUCAGCAUCUUUAGCAGCAUCCUGUGGGGCCUCUGUAGGCCCUCCUGAAAGUUGGCUUCAUGCUGCUUUCAACAUCUGGUGCCUCAUACUAGAGCAAGUCUUCGCAUAUAUGCUGAACUAUAUUGGGUAAGCUCUUCCACUGUUACUUGGCUGUAGAAUGAUACCUGCCCAGUGGAAGCAGGUUAGUGCCAGUAUUUGGUUUCACAUUUUUCCAGGUUUUGUUGAUCCUACGUAAUGGGUCCAAAAGUGUUAGUUUUCAUGGCUUUGUUAGCAGACGUGUUUGAGCUGGUGCCUGAGAUAAUCAUCUGCACAGCAUGGCUUUGGUAAGGUGCCGACUGACUCCUUAGUCACCUGACUGAAUAGCUGCAGUGGUGUGAUGGGGUAGGAAAACUAGUGUUUUAUGCUCUUAACUCUCCCAGCAACAUUGGCUGGAUAGGCACUGCAAGUAGUUAGGAAACAAGAGAUUGCACUGUGCUUGGUUCACAUCAUGGUUGAAGUCUCUGAGCCCAGUCACCCAUGAAUUUUUUUUAUUUGUAGUGUACGUGACUGGGGAACUGCCUUUCCUUUCACGUGUCUGUGCUCUUGUAAUUCCCAUUUUCCUGUCCCUGCCCUGUUGCAGGAUACCAGCAUGGUCAGUCUGCCCCUUGCCUUUUUUACAGCCACUGAUGCUGUCUGAUUUUGAAGUCAGUGAUGUGUCUGGGAGAGCUCGUAGAAAGUGCCUCUCUCUGCUGCUGCGCAAUGUCAGGGGCUGCACUCAGUCUUUUGCUUUUCCUUGUAAAACUGACCCUGAUGUGGGAACAUCUCUAGCUUUGACAAGUGUAAUCCACUGUGACAGAGCUGCCUCAAUGUCUGUAGUCUUGCUGGCUCUCAGGCAGGGUUUUCAUUUUUCUCAUACCUGUUGCUGCUGCUUCUUGUGUCCUGUCUGAGAUGGUUGAUGACGGGUAUUUAGCAGAAUUUGCAGGUUCUUGAAAAUCUGACAGGGCCGCAGCAUGAGCGCUUCUGCCAUGGCCGUUAUGGCAAUUGCUGACCAUUUUGGUCUGUCUGGCACUAGUCUUGAUCUUGAUGACUGGGAGCAUCCCAGCCUUGCCAUUGUCUUGGUUUGGCUAAUUUGUGAUCCAGCCACUUCAGAAUUUAGUGUUUUUCUCCAGUUUUUAAUCAAUCCUUCCCCCCUUCCUUUUAGACUGGUGGUUAACUCAGCACUGCUUGAUCUUUGCAGCAGCAAAGGUUCAGUGAAUCAAAUAUCUUUUUUCCUACUUUUGGCUCGUGCGAUAAAUGGAAAUAUGUGAAAAAAUGAUAUGCAAAUGACCAGGUAAAUUAAUGGUUUCAGUCUUACAGGAAAGCAUGCAAGUAACAAGACUAUGCAAAUAACAGGAUGCAAUUAAUCAGAUUGUACUGUAUUUUGAUUUCUCUAAUCUGCCUUCCUGAGGUCCUGGCACUCUGUGGGUGCAUCUAUAUGAGAUGCUACUGCACAGUAGCUUGUUGCUCCCAUGCAGUAGCAUUGCCAGGCACUAACUGUAUGGCGACAAUACUGAGCAGUAGUAAUGAGCUGUUGUACAGUAACUUGUUGCUACAGCGCAGUAGCAUCUGGAAAAAAAAAUGUGCAGUGACGGUACUGUGCAGUAACCAGCGUUACUGCGCAGUCAUUUAGUGCUUGCUUAUGCAAGUCCACCGCUACAACUGCACAGUCCACCACUCGUGUAGAGGAAUCCACCGCAACCUUCCCGGCUCUCAAGUAUUCAAAGCCCUUCUCCAUCAGCCCUCUUGGGUCCAGCUCACUCCACCCCGCAGUGCUGUUCUGUGCCCUGGAAGAUGACGGAGCUGGGCGUUACCCUCCACUGCAAAGGCUCUGCUAUUCUGUUGAAGCUGGAAGCGCUCAGCUGAUAGCAGCUGUGGUCAAACCAGAGGUGAAGGGAACAUCCAAGUCAUUUAGCGUAUGUAGUGGAAGCAGCUUUCCAAACACCCCCUGAUGCUUGGGCACACAUCAUUUCAAAGCAGAAAACACUGAGGAAAGCUUCCUGCGCUGGCUGGGAGUAGGGUAGUGGGUUUGUCCUCUCCUUGAAUGCUCUCGCUGGUGCCAUGACUGCUGCUCCCACGCGGCUGUUCUGUUUUGGGCAGUAGCGGCUGCAGGCUGACACCCUAGAGCAGUGAUUCUCAGGUGGGGUGCCCUGGGAUCCUUUUACAGCUGCUGUGAAAUAUUACCACAACUAGGUGUGCAAACACCUACAUGUGAUUCACAAGGUAAAACCAGAGGCUUUUAAUGGGAAUCCAGAGUGUCAAAAACCCACUGAGCUGUUUAAGAAAUGUGUUUCCAGUCAUGGUAUUUUUUUACGCCCUGUUAAAAAAAAAUAGUUUUGGAAAUGGAGUGCUGCUAAAUGCAGACACGUUAUGGAGGGGCGCCUGGAGUAAGUGUGAAGCAAGUUGAGAACUGCUGGCCUAGAGUACAAGUACUUCGGAGCAGAGGCAAUGUCUGACUCUUAUGCGAGUAUUUCCUCUCCCUUGGGCUGAGGGGGCUGCAAGCAUUGGCGUCUUUAUCUGCAAAGGACUUGUGGAGAGGGGUGUGAUUAGCGCCAGGGCUGAUAGUGCAAAGCGUCCAGAGCAGGUUCCUCACUGUGACCCUCCGAUAGACAGCCCGGGGAGUGACCACUUGAGCACAGGCAGUGGUGGGACCCAUGUGACUCUGGGCAUGCGCUGUGCUCCACAGGGCAGCCUCCAUGGCCUGCCUAUGUGCUAAGACUGCCAGUGCGGGAGGGACAACUGUGCUGGCCCAGUGCAAACAUGUCACAUCUUGCAUGGACCAGGCACUACACACAGCUCUUUGCUCAUUCAGUACUGUUCUUCCUCUCCCUGACAGCCAUGGUUUGCUUGCCUGGCUGUUGCCAGACAGGAAAUGAGUCAUUCUGAAGCAGCUUCUGCACCAGCACUUGCCAAUUUUGGCUUGUAAGCGAAGGUUUCGUAUUGAGCUGACUUUGCUGUGCUGCCCAUCCCCUGGCCGGCUCUCGAGAGCUGAGUCAGGGCCAGCGAAGCCCGUGGUUGUGCAAGGAAGCUAAGCCAGAGGUCUCUGCUCUGAGAGGGAAGUGCUCGCCUGGCAGGGACUCCCUGCAGUGUAUACCCUGCCCUCCUGUCACUGGGAUGGGAUACCAUGUGGAGGUGUUACAGGGGAAGUAGCCUUGUCCUGUGGCAAGUGCAGGCAGUUUGGAAGGGGGUUUCUCAGCCACAAACCCCCUGUGUGAUUUCAGGAGGCCACUUACUGCCCCACAGCUUAGCCUUUCCUUCCCUAGGUAAGCAAGUAUGGUGUGACCUUGUGAGAGUGCUCUGAGCAGAGCACACAGGGUGAAGCACCCUGACAGAAGUCCCCACAUGAGUUUUCAUGUUAUAAAGAGUGCAGAAGUGUGGAAAACCCCUGUCAAUCUCCCCCUAAGCCCCUGCUUCUAUUGCAAAAUAUGGCUUCUCCCCUGCCUCCAUUAUUCUUUAGUUCAUCAGUUCCCAGUCUGUCUGGGCUCAUGGCUCUACUUAUGUGAGCUAGUUUCUUGCUGGGACACGUGACCCCACAUGGGUUCCUGCCACAUUACCUGGAAGUCACUGCUGUAGCCAUAUCAGAGCUGGCUCUUCCCUUCUCCUCUCAUCCACGUUGCAGUGAGGGGCUGCAGUGAUGCUAUGUCCAGGUCCGUACGUUCGUGACACUGUUGAUUGUGGCUACUGGUACCAUUCUCUGUGUCCUGCUCUGGCCGCGCUUUUGUCUGCAGCACUGUUGGCUGAGCUUCAAGCCUGGGGAGAAGCAGGAAAGUUCCCGGCUCACCACUUCUGGCACCCACAGCUUCCAGAGCUACAGCCGUGUUCCUGAUGGGAAGCCACUUGUCCGAGCCCCAUGCCACCGGUGCGCUAUCGUAUCCAGCUCAGGCCAGAUGCUGGGGUCACGGCUGGGGAAGGAGAUUGACCAGAGGGAGUGUGUGCUGCGCAUGAACCAGGCGCCCACCACUGGCUAUGAGGAGGACGUGGGGACAAGGAGCACCAUCCGAGUCGUCUCGCACACCAGCAUCCCCUUGCUUGUGAGGAACCACUCGUACUUCUUUGAGCAGUCUUUGGAGACCCUCUACAUCGUCUGGGGGCCUGCCAAGGUGAUGGGCAGGGAGAAGGUGGGGAGGACUUACAGGAGCCUCCUGAAGGUGAAGCAGAUGUAUCCCAGCCUGGAGAUCUACACGCUGACCGAGAAGAUGAUGGCAUACUGCGACGAGGUCUUCCAGAACGAGACGGGCAAGAACAGGAUGAAGUCUGGCACCUACCUAAGCACUGGCUGGUUCACUAUGGUUCUGGCCAUGGAGCUGUGUGAACAGAUCCACAUCUUCGGCAUGAUCAGCGACGGCUACUGCAGGGAGAAGAACCACCCCACCGUGCAGUACCACUACUUUGAGAAGGGCAAGCUGGACGAGUGCCGCAUGUACCUGGUCCACGAGAGAGCCCCGCGUGGUGCACACCGCUUCAUCACUGAGAAAGUUGUCUUCUCUCGCUGGGCCAAGCGGAGGAACAUGGUCUUCAUCCAUCCCUCAUGGGUGCCCGCGUUAUGCUGAUGAAGGCUCCACACUAACGUUGGCAGAGACAUGAGUAACAACACGGGCCAACACACGGCGAUCUUUGUGGUUCUGUUUGCUCUGGUCAUGCUACUGAUCAUCUA